GAGGGAGCCAGUGCAGGAGAGAAAAGCAGGGAGCUCAGCCUGGGGACCCUGAGAGCUGAGAGCCCGCCUGGGCUCUGCCUUCCGGUUUUCCAUGUUCCAGCCCAUUCCAGAGGAGGAGAAAGGGGCUGGGCCACCCACUAGAAACCUAGGCGUGCAGCUCCAGAGAGGCCUACAGGCAGACACAGGUGAGACAGAGGUCCUUAGUACCCCCGGACAGAGCACUAGGCCAGAAGUAUCUCUCCUGAGGCACCAGGCAGCUCCAGGCUAGGAUGGACAGCCCAGUGCACCGAGUGUCCCUGGGGGAUACCUGGAGCAGGCGAGUGCACCCUGACAUGGCGAGUGAGAGGUUCAUACAGUCCUUCAGCGUGGAACAACUCACCAACAUCCUGGAUGGAGGUGCCCAGAACACUGCACUCCGGAGGAAAGUUGAGAGCAUCAUCCACAGUGACCCAGAGUUUAGCGUGAAGGAUAAUUAUUUCAUGACCCAGAAUGAACGUUAUGUGGCCGCCAUCCAGAAGAGAUUUCACUUCCAGAUAAUAGCAAAGCGCCUCGGCUGGUUGGAAAACAGUCCUGAAUUCUAUUAUGCUUACAGAGCCCUUUCUGGAGAACUGGCAUUAGGCCUACACACCGUGUUCCUGAAAUCCCUCCAGAGCCUGGGCUCUGAGGAGCAGAUUGCCAAAUGGACCCCGCUCUGCAAUGAGUUCCGGAUCAUUGCAUCAUAUGCCCAGACAGAACUGGGACACGGGACGAAUCUUCGGGGCCUGGAGACUGAAGCCACCUAUGAUGCAGCCACCCAGGAGUUUGUGGUGCACAGCCCCACGUUGACAGCCACCAAAUGGUGGCCUGGGGACAUGGGACGGUCAGCCACCCACACUUUGGUCCAGGCCCAGCUGAUCUGCUCAGGAGCCCGGCAGGGCAUGCACGCCUUCAUUGUGCCCAUCCGAAGCCUCCAGGACCACACCCCACUGCCAGGAGUCACUGUUGGAGACAUCGGGCCCAAGAUGGACUUUGACAACAUAGACCAUGGCUUCCUGCGACUGGACCACGUGCGGAUCCCUAGAGAGAACAUGCUGAGUCGCUUUGCACAGGUCUUGCCAGACGGCACCUACGUCAAGCUGGGAACACAGCAGACCAACUACUUUUCCAUGGUGGUGGUGCGGGUGGAGCUGCUCCUGGGAGAGAUCAUCCCUCUGCUGCAGAAGGCCUGUGUCAUCGCCAUCCGCUACUCGGUCAUCCGCCGCCAAUCCAGCAUCCGGCCUAGCGACCCAGAGGCAAAAAUCCUGGACUACCAGACGCAGCAGCAGAAACUCCUCCCUCAGCUGGCCACAGCCUAUGCAUUCCAUUUCCUGGCGAGCAACCUCUUGAAAUUCUUGCACAGCUCCUACGAUGCCAUUCGGAACAAAGACUUCAGCAACCUGCCAGAGCUUCACGCCCUGAGCGCAGGCAUCAAGGCCAUGACGUCAGACUUGUGCUUCCAGGGUUCCGAGCUGUGCCGCCGAGCCUGCGGCGGCCACGGCUACUCAAAGCUGAGCGGCCUGCCCUCUCUGGUCACCAGAGUGACAGCCUCCUGCACCUACGAGGGUGACAACACUGUACUCUACCUGCAGAUGGCCAGGUUUCUAGUGAAAAACUACCUGCAAACUCAGGCGAUCCCAGGCUCCACACAGAAGUCUCUCCCUCCGUCUGUUGCAUACCUGACUGCACCCUACCUGGCCAGGUGCCCAGCCCAGAAAGCAGCUGACUUCCUCCACCCAAAACUCUACACCACCGCCUGGGCACACGUGGCAGCCAGGCUCAUAAAGGACUCAGCGCAUCACCUAGAGACUCUGAUACGAUCUGGGGCUGACUGGGCUGAGGCAUGGAACCAGACCACGGUCAUACACCUCCAGACGGCUAAGGCACACUGCUACUAUAUCAGUGUGAAGAGCUUUACAGAAACUCUGGAGAAACUGGAAAACAAGCCAGCGGUUUGGCAGGUGCUCAAACGCCUCUGUGACCUCUAUGCUCUGCACGGCAUCCUGACUAACGCUGCUGACUUUCUCCAUGAUGGCUUCCUGUCUGGGGCCCAAGUAGAUGCGGUGAGAACCGGCUACCUGGAGCUGCUCGGCCUUGUCCGGAAGGAUGCCAUCUUGUUAACUGAUGCCUUUGACUUCACGGAUCCCAGUUUAAAUUCAGCACUUGGCUGUUACGAUGGAAAUGUCUAUGAACGUCUGUUCCACUGGGCUCAGAAGUCACCGACCAAUACUCAGGAGAACCCUGCCUAUGAGAAAUACUUAAGACCGCUAUUACAAAGCUGGAAAUCCAGGCUGUGAAGUCAUCAACGGCAUUCAAGAGGCACCACUGUGUGAUAAUGUAGCCUCCACACCCAGCAUGGAACCCAACUCAGAGCUCAAACCCAUGACCCUGAAAUCAAGACGAGAGCUGAAAUCAAAAGCCAGAUGCUCAACAACAGACUGAGCCACCAGGGGGCUCCUCAGUUGUUAAUAAUUAAUAAAUCUGAGAAAAUUGACCAAAACAAACUUCACUCUAGUAAAUCGAGCAAGGAACAGACCCCAUAAGAUUUUAACUUUUAAAACCCUAGAACAGCUAUUAUUCCCAUUUCCAUAUCAAUUUUCAACCCAAGUCACUCUGUCUUGCCUCUACUUCCGCCAACUCAACACAUAAGUGGCUGGAUAUUUUUUGGUGGGGGGGGCUCUAAUCAAUUUGAACUGUGAGACGAUUUUCUAAAAAGAUAACCUCACACUAGCACAUUUACUGAAACCACGGCAACCUGCCAAGAGAAUGAAGUUGAAGAUCAUGAAAACAGGGAAAUUACAGGUUUCUAGAUGCUGGUCACUUGUCAAAUCUUUUUUUUUUUUUUUUUUUUUUUUUUUAAGAUUUUAUUUAUUUGAUGGAAAGAGACACAGUGAAAGAGGGAACACAGCAGGGGGAGUGGGAGAGGCAGAAGAAGGCUUCCCGCAGAGGAGGGAGCCCAAUGUGGGGCUCGAUCCCCGGACUCUGGGAUCAUGACCUGAGCAGAAAGCAGAGGCUUAACAACUGAGCCGCCCAGGCACGCCGGUCAUUUGUAAAAUCUUAAAAUAAAUUUUCAGAGACAUGGGCAAAAAUGGAUGUAGGUAAGUGUUCUCAUCCUCUUUUCAGAGCAAGAAUCUCAGAAUCUUCUCUGAGGAGUGACCUGCCCGAGGGCACACAGCCUCAGAAUGCUAGUCUUCCCUUUAGAAAACAGGGAAGAAAUUACAUGACUUCCCUUUAUAAGGUGUUCUCGAAAACUAGGAAGUCUCACUAUAGUUACAUAAUCCUUCCUGUAACUUCCAAGAAAGAUAAUCAAAUGAACUAUUCAAAAUAAGACCACAGUGAAAUAAAGUACAUCCAUAUAUCUCCUGUUCCAGAGCCUACAGUCACUGCAGUUUAGUUUUUCUCCUCAGAAACAGACUUAACCAUAAUAAUAAAAUAUAUGUGUUGGCCACCAUAAUAUUGUGAGAAAAAAAGUAGCUGAAGAGGCAUUUUGUCCCUGUGCUCAGUACAAAGCUAGAGUAAGGGUCACAUUCAGUGCUGACCGUUGGUGGCUUACUGAAGAAAAAUCUGUAAUCUUCAGCGCAAGUCCUAUUUGAAAAAAGUUUGCCAACUCUAUGUUCACUAAUCAAAUGUGCACUUUUAGACAAAACAAUUAAUUCCAUCCAUUCCUGUUCCAGUAACAUGGGAGAUUAUCUAUAAACUGCAUCCUAA